CAUCAACACCAACAACAUCACCAGCAACAUCGUCAUUCCCCCUCUACGACGAUGAUGGAGCGACUUGAGCUCGUGCAACAGUCUUCGCCCUUUGAGGAGAAGAUCACUCGCAAUGGCUUCCACAAGAACAUACGCGUAGUCAUCAAGAACAGUCCGUUCAACGUGCAGUUCCGUCUGAAACACCAUGACGUCGAUCUGAACAACGUGGCCUUUGACGCCAAGCUCAUCUACGACAAUGACUCGUCGACCGCUGCUUCCUUCCAGACGAACGAGGAGAAGGAGGUCGACUUUGUAAAGUCAAAGCCAGUGGAGUACAAGUUCACACCCAGUGAGCUGGGCGACGUUGUCAAUGUCGAGCUCAGGAUCAAGGUGCUGACAUCGCAACACGAGGACAUGUUCUUUAAGAUCAAGGUCGAGGGCUUUGACCCGGCCACCAAGCAACCAAUCAAGGACCUGUGCGCUGUUACUCUGCCCAUCAAGGUCAUCUCCAAGCCUGAGCAGCAAAAGAAGAAGCAGCCUCAGAAGAAGCGCUCGUGGAAUGAUAUACUGAUGGACUCGGUCACAAAGAUCCAGAUGCAACAGAAUGAGCAACAACGUCUUAUCGAGCGUCUGCUCGAUCACAACUUCCGGCCACCAACAUCGUCGUCGUCCUCUUCAUCAUUUCUCUCCAACAACGGAUUCUCCAGUGGCAGCAGCCUGAUUGGAGGGUCAACAUCGUCAGGGCCCUUCCCAAGUGGCAGCGGCAACCAUCGCAUGGACUUUGACGAUGCUUUCAAACACAUGCUCAACGCCUACAAUCAGUUGGAGCCGCGCCAACGUACCGAGAAGGUGCGCCGAGUUUUCAAGAACAUGUCCAGUCGCGAUUCAGAGACGCUGAAUGAGCUGUUGGAUCAUUUUAUCACUGAGAGUGCCAUCUCGUUUCCAAUGCCCUCCAGUCCCAAUUCAUCUUCAGCAAGCCCAGUGCUUGUUGCGUCGAGCGGUCUCGUCAAUGGCAGUGGCAAUGGUCAUGGUCAUGGUCACGGCGGUCACAACCAUCAUCACAACAACCACAACCAUCACAACAACAAWAACAACCACCACAAUCACCACCAUGGAAACAGCUCAUCCCAAUACUCAUCGGCACCACAACACGGCAGCAGCAGCAACCAUCACAGCAACCAUCACCAUCAUGGAGGCAGCAACAGCAACUCUAGCAACGAACAACAUCAAAACAACUUCCCUGCCUCCAUCACCACAUCGUUUGACAAUGAGUUUGGUUCAUUCAACAGUGGCACCGACUUUAUUCCC